UUCUUAUUUUGGUUGCUCUUCUGCCUGUGCCCUUGUAUCUUUCCCUUACCUGUUGCCCAUUUGAUAGAAAACAACAAACCAAAAGCUACCACCACGAUAAAGGUGUGAGUCUUGCCUUCCGGCCUGUCUGCUUUGCCGAGAGCAGGGAGCUCGGUUUGGGGGGCUUUGCUGCGAUUGGUGAGACUUUCCGGGUAACUCAAAUCUUGGUUUCUUCUGGAAUGUGUUGGGUGAGAGGGGAAGCAGGCCGGGCACCAGGUCUGCAGAUACGUACACCGUGUGACCGUGGACAAAGGCCUUGCCCUCCCUGGGCUUCGGGGUCUGCGCGUGCGCGCGUGCGCGCGCGAUAUGUCGGGAGAGGACUGGACCUCGCAGGGCGUUCAGGUCAGAUCCCGCCCUCAUCCCACUCCUCACUGCUCAGUUCAAAGCUGGGACCCGCCCAGUGACCAGGACCAGGUGAAAUUUCUGCACCAGGACGUGGAGUGUUAGAGCACUAGUACCAGAAGCAUCCUAGGCUCACACCCAUCGUUCACUGAGGAAACUGAGGCAUGAAGGGGAGACACAAUAAGUUCCCAGGGGUGCAUGCAGUCAGAGGUGCAGCUGGCUCUCCAGUAGAUGUCCUGACCCCCUCUACUCACUGAGGGAUCCUAAUGGGUCAGACGUUCGCUGAGACCCCCCACCUCCCACCCCAGGAAGGUGGGAGAGAAGAGGCCUUUAAGUUCUUUUGGCUUUGAAGAUGGAAUAAUCGUGACUUCCUUCUCCAAAUAACUUUUGGCCCUUCCUAGAACCAGAUGGCGGAUGUUUGGAAUUUAUGUUGUAAAUAGCGUUUGAGAAGCGGAUGGGGGUGCAGAUGUGUUACUUUCUCCAACCACCAGAAGGGGGAUCUGAGGGAGGGCCGUGGGGAGGGAGGCUGACCGUGAAAAGAUUUGAGGAGAAGAAAACGGGGAGGAAGAGAGGAAAGAGAGGGGAGGUGCAGGGCAGGGAGAGCACAUGGCAGAGCCGGCUGGAGCAAGCUGGAGAGCAGGGCAGCCAGGGCCAGAGAGGGACGGCGGGAAGAGGAGGAGGAGGGACGGGGAGGGGCUCAGGGUGCAGGCUCAGGCCAGCUUCAUCUUGAGUUCAGAGCAAACCCUUGAGUUUUCUAAAAAUAGCUUAGCCUUUCCCCCAGCAGUGCUGGCAGCAGGGAGCAGGGGAGACACACUUGCCCUUUUAUGCGGCAUCUGGGGUCCCAGGCGGCAGCAGCUGCAGGCCGACCGCCGGCGAGGCGGGAUGGACUGGCCACACAACCUGAUGUUCUUUCUCGCCAUUUCCAUCUUCCUGGGGCUGGGCCAGCCCAGGAGCCCCAAAGGCAAGAGGAAGGGGCAAGGGCGGCCUGGGACCUUGGCCCCAGGGCCUCACCAGGUGCCCUUGGACCUGGUGUCUCGGGUGAAGCCCUAUGCUCGCUUGGAGGAGUACGAGAGGAACCUGGGUGAGGUGGUGGCACAGCUGAGGAACAGCUCGGAGCCAGCUGUGAGGAAGUGUGAGGUCAACCUACAGCUGUGGCUGUCCAACAGGAGGAGCCUAUCUCCUUGGGGAUACAGCAUCAAUCACGACCCCAGCCGCAUCCCCGAGGACCUGCCCGAGGCACGGUGCCUGUGUCUGGGCUGCGUGAACCCCUUCACCAUGCAGGAGGACCGCAGCAUGGUGAGCGUGCCGGUGUUCAGCCAGGUGCCCGUGCGCCGCCGCCUCUGCCCGCCGCCACCGCGCCCCGGGCCCUGCCGCCAGCGCGCCGUCAUGGAGACCAUUGCCGUGGGCUGCACCUGCAUCUUCUGAGGCCGACCCAGCCCUCUCGCACCCUGCUGAGAAGUGAACGCUGACCUUUGUAAAGCUAGGCUUUGAUUUUGCUCUUUGUGGCUGAAAGAAAAAAUUGGGGUGGGGCUCGGAGAUCACGGGGUGUCAGAUAUCAGAUCAAUAUAAAGAGGGUUUUCCAUCAUUCUGAGUUCUCCAACAGUGAGACAGGCCAUUAAAAUA